AUGGCGGGCAAGCUCCCCCUCCGGUUGACCACCCUUGCGUCACACCGGUCUACUUCCUGUCUGGCAGCUUCACGUUCAAUCUCAACCACGACAACCCUCAAAUUCCGACCUUCGACACUGAUCUCCAAGCAGCCUACUCUUCUUUCGCAGCCUGCCUUUCAACAAUCCUUCCGUCGUGCUUUCGCUGAUCAAGCUCCAAAAGUCGAGCUUUCCCCACAACCAAAACCAAAGAAGCAGUUCAGAUUCCUCCGCUUCCUGUGGCGCGUGACAUACCUGUCUACCGCGGCCUUUCUUGGUUGGAUUGGAUAUAGUAUCUAUGAAUUGCGCAACCCGAAUGAACAGUUCGAACCAGAUCCGAAUAAGAAAACACUCGUUGUACUUGGUACUGGCUGGGGUGCCGUCUCUCUCUUGAAAAAUCUCGACACCGAAAAUUACAAUGUCAUCGUCGUUUCCCCUCGAAAUUUCUUCCUCUUCACCCCUCUACUUCCCUCCUGUACAACCGGCACCAUCGAGCAUCGAUCUAUUAUGGAACCCAUCCGAAAUAUCCUGAGACACAAGAAGGCUACUGUGAAGUUCUAUGAAGCUGCUUGCACCAAGAUUGACUACGAGAAGAAAAUUAUCUAUGCACAAGACGAUUCGGACAUCAAGGGAGAUUCAAUGGAGACACAGAUCCCUUUUGAUAUGCUUGUUGUCGGUGUUGGUGCUGAGAAUGCUACAUUCGGUAUCCCCGGAGUCCGCGAACAUGCUUGCUUCUUGAAGGAAGUGGGUGAUGCUCAGCGCAUUCGGAAACAAAUCAUGGAUUGUGUCGAGACUGCCACAUUCAAGGAUCAAUCUCCCGAAGAGAUCAAACGUCUUUUGCAUAUGGUUGUCGUCGGUGGUGGCCCCACUGGAGUUGAAUUCGCCGGCGAGCUCCAGGAUUUUUUCCAAGAAGAUUUGCUCAAGUGGGUUCCUCAAAUUAAAGACGAUUUCCACGUUACCCUGGUCGAAGCUCUCCCCAAUGUUCUCCCAAUGUUCAGCAAGCAAUUGAUCGAAUAUACCGAAUCUAGCUUCAAGGAAGAACACAUUGAGAUCCGCACAAAGACCAUGGUCAAGAACGUCACCGACAAGUAUAUCGAAGCCGAAAUCAACAACCCGGAUGGAACCAAAUCUUUGGAGAAAAUCCCAUACGGCCUCCUCGUCUGGGCUACCGGAAAUGCCCUCCGACCCGUAGUCAAGGAUCUCAUGUCCCAGAUCCCCGCACAAGCCAAAGCCCGUCGCGGUCUCGAAGUCAACGAAUAUCUCGUCGUCAAUGGUACCGAGAACAUCUGGGCCGUAGGCGACUGCGCCGUCGCCAAUUAUGCGCCUACCGCACAGGUGGCCGCACAAGAGGGCGCUUUCCUCGCUCGCCUAUUCAACACCAUGGCCAAGACGGACGCAUUCGAGUCUGAACUAAAAGACCUCUCCGCUAAACAGGCCACGGCCAAUCCUGACGAUCGUAAGGUCAUCCUCGCCGAGAUCGCCGAGCGUCAGAAACAGCUUCGCCGCGUCAAGCAGAUCGGACCUUUCCAAUACUCUCACCAGGGAUCUCUGGCGUAUAUCGGCGCCGAAAAGGCGGUCGCCGAUGUGAGCUGGUUCAGUGGCAACAUCGCUUCCGGUGGUACCAUGACCUAUCUCUUCUGGAAGAGUGCCUAUUUGAGCAUGUGCUUCAGCACGAGGAACCGCGUGCUAGUCUCGUUCGAUUGGGUCAAAGCCAAGUUUUUUGGCCGUGAUGUCUCACGAGAGUAG